UCGGCGAGUCACCGCUCAAAGCCAAUUUGGAAUUCUCUUAACUUCUUGGUACUCUUUGAUUCCCAUCCUCCUCCUUCCGCUAUCGCAUUUCUCGUUGUUUUCUUCUUCCAGGUUUCCUCCCGUCAGACCACUCUCUUCAGACAGCCAAGAGACGCUACCAUGGAUUCUGAGAUGGUGGUGCACAAUGGUGGGUGUCACUGUGGAAGCGUAAGAUGGCGAGUCCGGGCACCAUCCAGUGUCGUAGCCUGGCAAUGCAACUGCAGCGACUGCUACAUGAGAGGGAACACUCAUUUCAUUGUACCUUUGGAUCGGUUUGAGCUCCUGGGAGAUGGCAAACAGUUCCUUACAACCUAUACCUUUGGCAGCCACACGGCAAAGCACACUUUCUGCAAGGUCUGCGGUAUAACCUCAUUUUACGCUCCGCGGUCGAAUCCGGAUGGAAUAGCUGUCACAUACAAGUGCGUGGAUCCUGGAACACUGAGCCAUGUUGAAAUUAGGCUUUAUGAUGGGAGAAACUGGGAGAACUCUUAUGCCCGGAGCGGCGUUGCAUCAUACUCACAGGCCCUCCCUGAGAAUGAUAAGCCAAAAUGAUUUCAACUCUAGAUCA